CUCGACUCAGGAUGUGACUGCUCAGCUGACGUGACAGUAAAUAAACAGACUUCCUCUGACGCGUGGAGGGUUUACGACAGUGCUGCACGUGUACGGCUUCUCGUGUGAGCUGUUUUGAAACAAGUAAACAAGCAGCAGCGGUGAAUUCUUCUUCUUCUUCUUCUUCUUCUUCUCAGAAACAGGAAACAUCAACAAACCCGUAACAAUGCUUCUCCAAACUCGAGGCCUGUUUGCCCUCGGUCGUCGCAUGUGCUCCACUCAUGUGACUCAAGGACUUUUGAAAGACACAGUAAGACCCAACUCAGAUAUGACUGAAUUCCGCGAUGUCUUUUCCAAAGCCAAGCACAUAGUCAUCAUCACAGGGGCGGGUGUGAGUGCUGAGAGUGGAGUACCGACCUUCAGGAGAGAGAAUGAGAAGUGGAGGAAAUGGCAGUCUCAGGACCUGGCCACUCCAGAGGCCUUCUCUCGCACCCCGUCUCGGGUCUGGGAGUUCUACCACUACAGAAGGGAGCUGGCGUUGAACAAGAAGCCCAACGCUGCCCAUCUGGCUAUAGCGGAGUGUGAGGCCCGGCUGAAGAAGCAGGGACGCUCCGUGGUUGUCAUCACCCAGUGCACGGAUGACCUUCACCGACAGGCCGGGUCCAAACACAUACUGAAGAUUCAUGGCAGCCUCAUGGAGACACGCUGCGUGACUUGUGGAGAUGUGACUGUAAACAAGCGUAGCCCCAUAUGUGCUGCCCUAAAGGAUAAAGGGUCACCUGACCCAGAUGUUGCUGAUGCCCAGAUUCCAGUGGAUAAACUGCCAAGGUGUGAAGAGAGCAAUUGCCUUGGUCUGCUCAGACCCAACGUGGUGUUCUUUGGAGAAACCCUGGAUUCUCACAUUCUGACCAAAGUGGAAAAAGAGAUGGAAAUCUGUGAUCUCUGUCUGGUGGUGGGCACAUCUUCAAUCGUCUACCCGGCAGCCAUGUUUGGGCCCCGGGUUGCAUCCAGAGGCAUCCCAGUGGCAGAGUUCAACACACAAGCAACACCGAAAACCGAAUACUUCACGUACCAUUUCCAGGGUCUAUGCGGAGCGACACUGCCUCCAGCUUUGGCGCGACACGAGUCCGAGGUUAUUUAGUGACUUUACAGACGAGCGAGUGGCUCCCCCUAUAAUCUAAUGCAACUCAGAGCUGUGGGGUUUCACAGCAUUCCUCCAAAUCUUUGCCUUAAAAAUAAUGUUAUGCUGUUAACUCUUGGUAGAGGAAGAGCUGUAAAUAAUUUAGCAUUUUUAGAGCUUUGAUAUGAUCUUUUUAACACUUGAAUAUAUAGCUCGCUUAACUGGAAAUGGGAUUUUGACUGUUUUAAGAGUUAAGCAGAAUCUAUGCAGGGUGAUAUGAGAAAGGGAAUGCACUAUGUAUGUAGGUCUUUCCAUAGGAAUACAUUUCCUCAGGUAUCAGAGGGUGUUGUUAUAUUUAACAUAUGAGAUGCUGGUGAGAGAUUGUUAUAUUAUGCUGUUCUCUCAAAUCAUGCUUUUGAACGAUAUAUUACUCCCAGUGUCAAUGAGCAGCUGUACAGACCAUAAAAUAAUCUUGUGCCUUUCAAAACUGUUUACACCACCUUGACCAAAAUGCUCGCUAUAGACCUCAAGUGAAAACCAACCAAUGUUACAGAGACGUAGCCGAGUGCAGAGUUUGGUUUUGACAAAAAAGGAGACGGACAAGAGGAAAAACGUCUUUUACACUCCAUGCCUGGAUCGUGUUGUCUAAUCGUGUGUUGUAUGAGUAAAGUUACAUGACAUGGGUCGUCCAUGAUACUUUUUUUACACAGUCUAGUGUCCGUUUUCAAAAAAUAUAUAUGUCCAAUCACAAUCGAAGCUGUCUAAAAAAUGAAACCAAUCAUAAUAUUUAUCAACAUGAUCUGUUUUUUGAUGACUUCUUUGCUCAUAAACACUCUGUACAAUUUCUUAUGAUGUCUUCUAUUAAACCAUUCAAUGCAAUGAUACAGAUUAUAACAAUAAAAACACUACAUGCAAA